GGCGCCGGGGGAGCCAGCGAGCGGGCGCGGCCGGGAGCCCGCAGCCCUGGCGCCCGCCGCCGCCCGGAGCCCCGCAAUAUGCCGCCGCGGCCCUCGGGCUCUCGGCCAUGGCGAGGCUCUGCCGGCGCGUCCCUUGCACCCUGCUCCUCGGCCUGGCGGCCGUGCUGCUGAAGGCACGGCUGGUCCCCGCGGCCUCCCGAGCCGAGCUCGGCCGCUCCGACCUCAGCCUCAUCCAGCAGCAGCAGCAGCAGCAACAGCAGCAGAGGCAGCGGGAGGAGGCUGAGGAAGAGAGGCCCGAGGUGCCGGGAGCAUCCUCUACCUUGACCGUGCCAGUGUCUGUGUUUAUGCUGAAAGUCCAGGUGAAUGACAUCAUCAGCCGUCAGUACCUGAGUCAAGCAGUUGUCGAAGUAUUUGUAAACUACACGAAGACCAACUCCACAGUAACUAAAAACAAUGGAGCAGUGUUGAUAAAAGUGCCCUAUAAAUUAGGCCUCAGCUUAACCAUUAUUGCUUAUAAAGAUGGCUAUGUGUUGACACCUCUGCCUUGGAAGACCGGAAGAAUGCCAAUUUAUUCAUCAGUUACACUUUCCCUGUUCCCACAAAGCCAAGCAAAUAUAUGGCUAUUUGAAGACACUGUUCUUAUUACUGGAAAAUUAGCUGAUGCCAAAUCUCAACCGAGUGUUCAGUUUUCAAAAGCCUUAAUUAAACUUCCUGACAACCAUCACAUUAGCAACGUUACUGGCUAUCUCACAGUCCUACAACAGUUUUUAAAAGUGGACAAUUUUCUGUAUACGACUGGAAUUACUCUCAACAAACCAGGUUUUGAAAGCAUUGAAUUGACUCCUCUUGCUGCAAUAUGUGUGAAAAUAUAUUCUGGAGGGAAGGAGUUAAAGGUGGAUGGCUCCAUUCAAGUCUCACUCCCUCUCCUACAUGCGGAUGACGUCCACAGGGGUGACCGCAUACCUGCUUGGACAUUCGAUAUGAACACAGGUUCUUGGGUAAAUCAUGGCUGGGGAGUGGUCAAAGAACAUAACAAUCACUUAGUUUGGACUUACGAUGCACCGCAUCUGGGAUACUGGAUAGCAGCUCCACUUCCAGGAUCCAGAGAUUCAGGUAUAAGUGAAGAUCCCAAGGACAUAACUGCCUACCACACAGUGUUUCUUACAGCCAUACUGGGAGGGACGAUAGUCAUUGUCAUUGGUUUUUUUGCUGUACUACUUUGUUAUUGCAGGGAUAAGUGUGGUACUACACAAAAAAGAGAUAGAAAUAUCACUAAGCUUGAGGUCCUCAAGAGAGACCAGACAACAUCAACAACACACAUCAAUCACAUCAGUUCAGUCAAAAUUGCAUUGAAAGCUGAGGACAAGUCACAGAUAUUUAAUGCCAAGAAUGCCUCAUACAGCCCUCAAAAAAAGGAACCAUCAAAAGCAGAAGGAGAAGAAAGAAUUUCCAUGGUAAAAACUCGGGACAAUUUUAAAAUCUACAAUGAAGAGGUUUCAUAUUUAUCAGUCAAUCAAAAUAACUACUCAAGAAACCCAGCACAGUCUUUGGAGCCAAUUGGAGGGACCAAACAACCUAAACAUAUUAACAACAAUCUGUCAUCAUUAGGUGAUGCUCAAGAGGAGAAGAGGUAUCAUCUUACAGGUAACGAGGAGGAGAUGUAUGGACGUUCCCACAUUCCUGAGCAGCUAAUGCAUAUAUACAGCCAGCCCAUUGCCAUCCUUCAAACAUCAGACCUCUUCCCCACUCCAGAACAGUUACAUACUGCUAAGUCAGCUACUCUGCCAAGAAAGGGACAGUUAGUCUAUGGCCAAUUGGUGGAACAGGUAAACAGAGAGAACUUCACACAGACUUUGCCCAAAAUGCCAAUGCAUUCUCAUGCACAGCCCCAAGAUGCUAGGAAAGAAGAUAUCGUUCUUGAAGGUCAGCAGAGUUUGCCAUCUCAGACUUCCGACUGGAGCCGAUACUCCAAUAGCUUAUUAGAAUCUGUCUCUGUCCCUGGAACACUAAAUGAAGCUGUUGUAAUGACUCCAUUUUCAUCAGAACUUCAAGGAAUUUCAGAGCAGACCCUCUUGGAGCUGUCCAAAGGAAAGCCCUCCCCACAUCCCAGAGCAUGGUUUGUGUCCCUUGAUGGAAAACCAGUUGCUCAAGUGAGGCACUCCUUCAUAGACCUGAAAAAGGGAAAGAGAGCCCAGAGCAAUGACACAAGUCUUGACUCUGGGGUAGACAUGAAUGAGCAUCAAUUGAGUAGAAAGCUGGAGAGGGAGAAAACAUUCAUCAAAAGCAUGCAUCAGCCCAAGAUUCUUUACUUGGAAGAUUUAGACCUGAGCAGCAGCGAGAGUGGAACCACUGUCUGUUCCCCGGAGGACCCGGCAUUAAGGCACAUCUUGGAUGGAGGAGGGAGUGCAGUUAUCCUGGAGCACCCUGGGGAGGAGUCUCCAGCAAGAAAAACCACCGUUGACGAUUUUGAAGCCAGUACAUCUCCCACCAGAAAAAGGGGCCGACCACCACCACUAACCAAAAGAGACAGCAAGACUAACAUCUGGAAGAAGCGGGAGGAACGCCCACUGCUUCCCAUAAAUUAACUCCGAAGGUGGCUGUGUCUGUGCUUCUUGAUGUAAAUUUUAGUAUGAACUGAAGAAGUUGAGACUGAGUGAACUCAUGGUCCUGGGUCAUGUCUCAAGGAGAGUAAAUAGUGAAUUGGUAAUUUAGCAAUCAGAGAGGAAGGCACUGAAGAAUGCUUUUUCUGGCUUAUUCUUUUUGUUUAGUUUUGAGUGAAGAAUUUGAAGCAUCAGCUUUUCAAAAUGUGAAAUAGUGUCAAAAUGUUAAUUAUUUAACAAAAUGUUUGCUCAGUCAGACAAAUUGGUAUUCUCUUGAGAAUGAAAUAAUGAGAUGUGUAUUCCUAAAGUUACUCUAAAAAAAUGUUGUGUCUGCCUGAUGACUACCAUGUUAAGUGGAAGCUCUUUUUCAAUUACAUCCCCCUCUGCCUGUACUUGAUAGCAACUUGAUAAAUGUGGGGACUGAUAUUAUGUUAGACUUCAAACACCAGACAUUUUCUUUUGUGAGAUAAAUAGCAAUAUCAUCCCCAAGGUAAAUCGUACACCUAUAUAAAAUGAGCAAGAUGUUUCUUGGUCAUUAGAGAGAGAGUUACCAACUCCUUUAAAUAUAUGAACUUCACAAAAAUAGCAAUUUGAGAAAUUAAAAAAUACUGAGAAAUGAUUGUUGAGAUGCAGGAUUUUUCUUUUUCUUUUUCUCCCCCACCACCUCAAAAUGAAGCAACCCAAGUUGUCAAGAAAGAAAAUUUACCAAUCUGGAAUAACAAAACUGGGAUAUUAAGGCUCACUGGUACAUGUAGGCAAGAAUCAAAUUUAAUGUAUUUCUUCUAGUCAAAAAACUAUAACUCAGUCACUUAAAGGCUAGUAAACUUGAUAUAAAAUGAUAAGGAUAACAAAUUCCAAUGAAUACCAAAUUAUGGGGAGAUAAAAGAAAUAAAAAAGUUUCAUCUAUGAAUAGAAAAAGAUGCUGUUUUCCUGAGGCUCAAAAAUAUUUCAGGAAAUUAGUUAUAUAGGUAGAAGUUGGAACAUUUGUAAGAUGUUUGAGAAAAUUGCUUUCAAUUCAGGAGAAGUAUGAAUUCUUCCUAUGUUCACUUGGCAUUGUAAUUUUUGUUCUUUAUUUUUUA